CACUGCUAGCUAGCCAUUAGCCUCCUAACGACGGUGACAAUGGAGGUGCCAGGACAGGACAGCGAAUGGAGGAGUCCCGCUUUUCGACAGAAAGUAGUGGCACAAAUUGAAGAUGCCAUGCGGAAGGCAGGCACCGCCCACACCAAAUCCAGCAAUGACAUGGAGAAUCAUGUCUUCGUCAAAGCCAAGUCUAGGGAUGAAUACCUGUCCCUGGUUGCAAGACUGAUAAUUCACUUCAGAGACAUCCAUAAAAGGGCACAGGGAGGCCCAGACCCCAUGAAUGCGCUGCAGAACCUGACUGGUGUAGGAACAGCAGGGUCAGGAGCGAUGGGCAUCGGGCCCCGCCCGACGGGGGCCACCAUGGGCGGGAUGGGGGGGCUGGGCCAGAUGCAAAUGGGCCAACACCCAAUGCAGGGCGUCGCUGGAAACCCCCAGUCUAUCGCAGCACCACCAAUCCCCAUGCAGCCCAUUGGCCAGCAGCCUCACCAGCAGCCUCAGCAGCAGUUCCAGCAGUACCAGGUGCAGCAGCAGCAGCAGCAGACCGCCAUGCAACAGCAGUCAGCCAUGCAGCAGCAAACGGCCAUGCAGCAACAGGCCACCAUGCAGCAGCAGUUCCAACAGCAGCAGGCCCAGGCCCAGGCCCAGGCCCAGGCUCAGACACAGGCCCAGGCGCAGGUGCAAGCCCAGGUGCAAGCGCAGCAGGCCCAGGUGCUGCAGCAGCUGCAGUCCCAGGCUCAGGCGCAAGCCCAGGCCCAGGCUCAGGCCCAAGCCCAGGCCCAGGCCCAAGCCCAAGCCCAAGCCCAGGCCCAGGCCCAGGCUCAGACACAGGCCCAGUCCAUCCAGCACAUGGUCCAGCCUCCCCAGACCCAACAGCCUCCCUCUGGCCAGCUGCCCCCGCACUCCCAGCAGCAGCCCAUGGCCCCUCAGUCCCUGGCCGGGCAGAUGGCCUCCCAGCAUGUCCCCAUCGGCUCGCUCAGCCAGCCACACCAGCAGAUAAAGGCCCUGCAGCAAGCGCGAGCUCUGCACCAGCAGCAGCAGCAGCAGCAGCAGGCGGCAGCGGCGCAGCAGCAGGCAGCCGUGCAGCAGGCGCAGCAAGCAGCCGCGCAGGCGCAGAUGAACGCAGUCGGAGGCCAGAUGAUGAUGGCCCGAGCUGGAAUGCAGCCCAGGCUGCCACGCGUCAACCCGGCCCCUGCCAUAACUCCAAACUCUGCUGCUAUGGGAGGACAGCAAAUGCCACAGGUCCAGCAGCACCAGAUGAUGUCAUCGCCCUCUCCGGUGCAGGCUCAGACCCCCCAGUCCAUGCCCCCCCCUCCCCAGCCACAGCCGUCUCCCCAGCCCCCCACCUCCCAGCCCAACUCUGUCAGUUCUGGCCCCACCCCUUCCCCCGGCGGUUUCCAGCCUAGCCCCUCCCCCCAGCCAUCCCAGAGUCCUGCCACAGCCCGCACCCCCCAGAACUACGGCGUGCCGUCUCCCGGACCGCUCAACACGCCAGGAAACCCCAGCUCAGUGAUGAGCCCGGCGGGAGCCUCGCAGACUGAGGAGCAGCAGUACCUGGAGAAACUCAAACAGCUGUCCAAGUACAUCGAACCCCUGCGCAGAAUGAUCAACAAGAUCGACAAAAACGAAGAUAGGAAGAAGGACCUCAGCAAGAUGAAGAGCCUGCUGGACAUCUUGACGGACCCUUCCAAACGGUGCCCUCUGAAGACCUUACAGAAGUGUGAAAUCGCCUUGGAGAAGCUAAAGAACGACAUGGCUAUGCCGACUCCGCCUCCACCGCCGGUGCCUAGCACCAAGCAGCAGUAUCUGUGCCAGCCGUUGCUGGAUGCGGUGAUGGCAAACAUUCGCUCGCCCGUCUUCAACCACUCCCUGUACCGGACUUUCGCCCCCGCCAUGACGGCCAUCCAUGGCCCCCCCAUCACGGGGCCCAUGAUUCCCACCCGGAAGCGGAAACACGAUGACGACGACCGCCAGACCAUCCCCAACAUCCUGCAGGGAGAGGUGGCCCGCCUCAACUCCAAAUUCCUGGUCAAUCUGGACCCGUCCCACUGCAGCAACAACGGCACUGUGCACCUCAUCUGCAAACUGGAUGACAAAAACCUGCCCAGCGUCCCACCUUUGCAGCUCAGCAUUCCAGCGGAUUACCCGGAGCAGAGCCCACAGUGGGCGGACGACGCCCAGGAAUACGGCGCUAACCCCUUCCUGCAGACGGUCCACAGAAACAUGACCUCCAAGCUCCUUCAGCUUCCCGACAAACACUCGGUGACUGCACUACUCAACACCUGGGCCCAGAGUGUGAGGCAGGCCUGCCUGUCUGCAGCUUAGCGCCACCCGCAGGGCCUCUCAAGAACUGCAGGGCUUCUUCUCUUCUGCUGUGCACGUGAAUGAACUCACGCCAGCUUGGCUGACCAUGCAUCCCAAUGAAUGGUUUGAUUGAAAAAUUUCUCACCCACCCUCUCCCAUUUGUAGACGAUUA